AUGCCCGCUAUCCGGAAGAUGUCUCUAUCUCCAGGCAACGUCUCUCCCUCCUUUUCAACAAAUCCUGUCAUCGAACGAACCCAGUCGCAAUGGCUCUUCACUCCGGUAGAGCUACUCCUAUCGCCAAGUAUCCUCGAAGGGAUGCCCGUUGUGCAAGAAUUGGCCAACAGACAAAAAGGUGUCAAUUUCAUCACACAAGUUGGCAUCAUGUUGAAGUUACCUCAGUUGACGCUUGCGACCGCAUCCAUCUAUCUGCACCGCUUCUUCAUGCGCCACGCCAUGGCACAGAGCAAUAAACCAGGCUUACACCAUUACUCGGUUGCAGCAACUGCACUGUUUCUGGCGACAAAGGUGGAAGAGAAUUAUCGUAAAAUGAGAGAACUGGUAGUGGCGUGCUGCCGUGUGGCUCAGAAACAACCCAACCUGGUGGUCGAUGAACAGAGCAAAGAAUACUGGAAAUGGCGAGACACCAUCCUUCACAAUGAGGACCUCCUCCUCGAAGCACUGUGUUUUGACCUGCAGCUGGAGCAGCCCUAUCGCAUCCUGCUUGACUUUCUACGAGUCUACGGGGUGCAGGAGAACAAGCAGUUGCGCAACACGUCUUGGGCAUUCCUCAACGACUCUCUGGUCACGACCAUGUGUUUGCAGCUGACCCCAAGUGCGAUCGCUGGCAGCGCUUUAUACAUGGGCCUCAAGUUCGCGGAGAUUACAUUGCCUGAUGAUGAAAAUGGGAGGCCGUGGUGGGAGCAGGUCAGCGUGGAUAUGUCAGACGUACAGCGAGGUUGCAACCUGAUGGCAGACGUGUACGAAAACCCAACAUUGCCGAGACAGGGCCAGAAAGAUGCGUACGUUAAGGACGAGGAUUUGUCCAUCUUCGAUCGAACGAGGCAUGUAGCCACGCCACAACCCGAGCGAUCACCUGCUGGGAGUGCAAGAAGCGGAAGCCAAGGAGUCAAGCGAGACAGGGAUGCCUUAGACGACCCUAACUCGGGCGAGUGGGGCAGCACUAUCGCCAGACGGCCUUCGACAGACAAUCAAUCACAGCCAUCAUCGAAGAGAGUACGUCGAGACUCUCGUGAUGAGAAUGGGGACAAAUCCGGGCGACCAUCGCAAAGAGUACCACCAAAUGUGGAUGAUCGAAUACGUGGCGAUUCAGGUCAAAGAGUUGAUGACGUUCAGAAACGCAUCGAUGAGAUUGUUAGCAACUCCUCAGCGUCCACGAGAAGGCAUUCUUCGUCCGCAUCUAACUGGAGUGGACCACCGCCCUCGUACAGCAAUGGUCAUCAAGACCGGUUGCCUCCGCAGAGCCGUCCGGACAGUCGCGACAAUGGCGUCUACAACCAAAGCGAUCUGUUCGAGCUUCCAAAGCCAACCAGUCGAGUACCUCCAGCUCAGAGUGAUGCCAGGGCGUCUCAACCCCCACGCCCAGAGCAAAAACAGAAUGGUGUGGAUGCGAUAGACGAUGCAGAAAAGGUCGACUACGGUAGUGAGGAAGGCGAAGUGUGAAUGGCACUGCGCAGACUACACUGACCUGGAUGUAUCGACGUGUUGCCGAGGGCCCAGGCUGAUGCUGAUGCUGAUAAAUUAAUCAAACUUUUACAGGCACGACUAAUCCUCGAUCCAAAGGGGCGGCGAAUGACAGGUGCGGGGGUGUGCGCAGUUUUCAUGGGGAAAAAACAACCAGCGGCAAACCCUCGGCCCAGAAUGACGUUGCCAUUCAAUGGAUUUCUAAUAAGCCGCAAUUGCGUGCUUGACUCGCCUGCGCAUAAGUUAUAUAAGACGCCACACUACCAUUGGGGUCUGUGUCCGUCCAUUUGCGUUAUACCCAAGCACAUCUACACCCAGCAGUCUCAUAUCAUCCACAACAAUGUCGUCGACCGCUACGCAGACCACCACCUCAACAACCCUCUCCGGCGUCCAAGAUUCCUCAUACGUCCCUCGAGGACCAGUCCGGACUAAGUUGAACUUCUUCAAAGACCCU